CUUUCAACUUCUCUCUCCUCUCUCCCCCUCCCGCCCUCGGCCAUGAUCUGAUGAGUUUGAUGAGUUUGAUGAGUGUUACUUAAGCCGCACAAACAUUGAUUCAACUCUAUUAUUCAGUCCAACCCUUUCUUGCUAGGGUGUCACACUAUGGCGUCACGCACGAUCGUACUGAGGUUCGAAAGCCGCAACGGCCAGUUCCGGUUGACGGUCAACCCGCAAGAACUGUUCCCGUCUCUGCAGCCACAGAUCCUAGAACGCCUCCCUCCGAACGUCGAUCCCUCAUCUAUCACUCUCUCCAACCGGCCCAUCGGCACCGGUGGUGAAGAAAGACUUCUUAACAGUUUAGAUGGCGUGGGUUUGGACAAAGUUGGUUUGAAGCACGGCGAUAAGCUCUUCAUCGGGUAUCAAGAAAACCAAGGACAACAGAAUGGCACAGCCAACGGCCACAUAACCCCCAGCGCGGGUGAAGCUUCGCGACGUCUAAAUGGAGCUCCCGUGCCCCAAAGCGAAACGGUAACCUUCCGCCCUCCGCGGCCGACCUCGCCUACAGCCACGAUCAAGAACCCUUGGGACGUGGUGCAACAAUCGCCGCUAGAUGAUAUGCUGGACAAGAAGGAUGGGAAGAUCAAGCGAGGCCUGGAUACGAAGUUCUGCCGACACGGCCCCAAGGGAAUGUGCGAUUACUGCAUGCCGCUCGAGCCCUACGACCCCAAGUAUUUGGCGGAGAAGAAGAUCAAACACCUCUCGUUCCAUUCGUACCUGCGGAAAAUCAACGCCUCGACCAACAAAGCCGAACUCAACAGCUCGUUCAUGCCCCCGCUCAGUGAGCCGUAUUACCGCGUACGGCGAGACUGUCCCUCUGGACACCCGCAGUGGCCGGAGGGCAUUUGCACCAAGUGCCAGCCGAGUGCGAUCAGUCUGCAGCCUCAAGAGUUCCGGAUGGUGGACCACGUGGAGUUCUCCUCGCCGGAUCUCAUUAACUCGUUGCUCGACUUUUGGCGGAAGUCGGGCGCUCAACGGUUAGGGUUUCUCUACGGUACCUAUGAGGAGUAUAAGGAGGUUCCGCUGGGUGUGAAAGCCGUGGUCCAGGCCAUCUAUGAGCCACCGCAAGUGGAUGAGGUGGAUGGAGUUACGCUCCAUGAAUGGCCCAACGAAAAGGAGGUGGACGAGGUUGCACAUCUAUGUGGUUUGGAGAGGGUUGGCGUAAUCUUUACGGACCUACUGGACGCAGGUCGUGGAGACGGUUCGGUGAUUUGCAAACGACACAUCGACUCCUACUAUUUGUCCUCCUUGGAGAUUGCUUUUGCGGCGCGGUUGCAAGCGCAACACCCGAAGGCCACGAAAUGGAGCCGAACAGGCCGCUUCGGCUCGAAUUUUGUCACCUGUGUGCUGAGUGGCGACGAGGAGGGCGCCAUUGCAAUCAGUGCUUACCAGGCGUCAGUAGCGGCCGUCGAGAUGGUCCGCGCGGACAUUGUUGAACCAUCGGCAGAACCCUCUGUCAUGCUGGUGCAAUCCGAGGACGACGACACCGAGAACAAGUCGCGGUAUAUCCCCGAAGUCUUCUAUCGCAAGAUCAACGAGUACGGCAUCAGCGCUCAGCAAAACGCGAAACCCAGCUUCCCCGUCGAGUACCUCCUGGUCACCUUGACACACGGUUUCCCAACGGACGCCUCCCCCCUAUUCACCGACAGCAGCUUCCCCAUCGAGAACCGCGAAGUCAUCGGCGAAAGCCAAGAGCUCAUCCACGUGGCGAAGAAGCUAGUAACCCACGGCGACCCGGACAAAGCAAUCCGGGCCGUCUCGGACUUCCACAUGCUGUGCUUCCUGCACUCCCUGUCGACAUUCAACAAGGACGAAGAAGCCCUACUAUGCCGCGUCGCGACGCAACGUGCCCCCGCAGAUGGCCUGCAGCUGAUCAACACCUCUGGAUGGGCUACCCUGGUGACCAUUCUUCAGGAAAGUGGGAGCUAGUCUAGAAUGAAAUUCUUUUGUUGACUAGUCCGAUGACCGAAUCCCAACCUAUCCCAAAUCUCCUUCCGUCUAUCUCUAUAUCCUACCUCUUUCUGCCUGUCCAUCACUAUGUCACUCUGUGUCUCGGGCUCC